AUGGCAAUAUCUAAAACUCACAUCGGAACCGACCAUGAUAACGACCCUAAACCGGAACUAUACAAAAUUCAAGAAGAUUUGGAACUAGGCAACGCCAAGAAGCUACGCGUCGACGAGGGAGUCAAUGAUGGGCAGACGGUUGUCAAGACCGAAAACGAGGACGUCACAUCCACGAGCGACAUCUAUUGCCCUGACCGAGCUCAAGAUUGCACAGGACCAAUUGAUAGCGAUGGCCGUGUGUGGUGGGAUGGGGAAAGCGACCCUGAGAACCCCUAUAACUGGCCAAGCUGGCGGAAAAUUACAAACUCUGUGCUGAUCAGCCUUCUCACUCUAAUGACACCUCUGGCGUCUUCCGUCUUUUCGCCCGCAGUCCCGGAGCUGAUGAAGGAAUUCAAGAGUUCAAACCAAGAGCUCGCAGCAUUUGUUGUCUCCGUCUAUGUCCUCGGGUUUGCGAUUGGUCCCUUGAUCCUGGCCCCCUUGUCGGAGAUGUAUGGGAGAUAUUGGCUGUAUAAUAUUUCAAAUGUCGGCUUCGUCAUCUUCACCGUGGCGUGUGCCUUGGCGCCUUCCCUCGACUCUCUUAUUGUAUUCCGUUUCUUUGCUGGCUGUUUCGGAUCCACGCCUAUGACCAAUGGCGGUGGGAGUAUUGCGGACAUGUUCCCACCAGAGCAGCGAGCUGGUGUCAUGGCGGCUUUCAGUGUCGGUCCACUUCUAGGCCCCAUCAUUGGACCUGUAGUGGGAGGCGUUCUCUCGGAAAAGAAAGGCUGGAAAUGGGUUUUCUGGGUGGUGGCUAUCAUCAGUGGUGUCAUGGCGCUCGCAUCGUUCUUUCUGAUGAAGGAGACUUACGCACCAGCUAUCCUCGAUAAAAAGACAAGGAAACUUCGCAAGGAGACAGGGAAUGAGAGUUUGCGUAGCAAGCUAGAGAGCGAUAUCCCGAAGAAGGAACUAUUUAAAAGAGCAAUUUUGCGCCCCGCGCGACUGCUCAUUUUCUCACCGAUUUGCACCAUCUUUGCAGUUUACAUCAUGGUUGUGUACGGCUAUCUUUACCUUCUCUUCUGUUCUAUUCCUUUUGUCUUCCAGAAGAGUUACGGAUUCUCCGCUAGCAUCACAGGGCUUGUCUACCUCGGACUUGGUGUCGGCUGCUUGAUUGGUAUGGCCAUUUUCUCCAUCGAUAGUGCGAUAGCGAUGAAGAGGCACCAGGAAACCGGCGAGCCCCUGAAACCUGAGAUCCGGAUGAGACUACUUCCUUAUUCCGCGGUUAUCUUCCCCGUUGGCUUCUUUUUGUACGGCUGGACCACUCAGUAUGAGGUUCAUUGGAUCGUCCCAAUCAUCGCGUUGGCCAUUAUUGGUAUCGGGAAUUUAGGAAUUUUCAUGGCGGUCAGCGUUUACCUUGUAGAUGCAUAUGAACAAUAUGCGGCGUCGGCACUAGCGGCAAACACAUGCGACGAGCAACGUCCCUGCAAGAACUGCGUUCGGUUUGGAGUUGUUUGCAGUCUGGUGCUUGCAGAACAGAACGGGACCGUCGCGCCAGCUCAUCACAACUCUCCGCCGGCAGCAUCGUCUCCAGCACCUACGUUCUUGACGCAUAAUGAGACCUCACCGGCAGCAUCUCCUGUCACAGCAACAGGCAUUUAUGAUCCCCACGCAGCGACCUAUGUUGCUUUCGCACCGCCUCCUUCUGUUCAUACAUCAGGGUCGGAUCACAUAGUCGUAUCACCUGGUUGGACACAAGGAGACUCGGCAGAGUUUUUCUCGCCUAAUUGGAUACAAAGUCUUCAGCUCUUGCACCAUUACGAUACAGUCGUGUACAAGACUCUGACUCGUGAUGAGCGGACUGAGUCCCUAUGGAGAUAUACGGUGCCUGAGAUUGCGUUCACCAAUGAGGCUUUAUUGCAGGCGGUACUUGCCUUGUCUGCGCUGAAUUACGCUAUCCGCAACCCUGACCAGCACAGGGAGUUCAUCAUUGUAUCUUCCCGUUUCCAGAGCCUGGCGCUUCAACAUUUCUCCGCCAAUCUUCAUAACAUCAACGAAGACAACUGCAAAGGUUAUUUUCUGCUCGCAACUUUUGUGUUUCUCUUGACUAUGUGCUCGACCGCGAAUGCUAGCGUACUCGGCAAAACCGUCUCCCCGCUAGAUGUUGCGCAGUCGUUGGUACUCCUGCAAGGGAUAAAAACAAUCAUGUCCGUCAAAUCCAUGGAUCAGUGGAAAGCAGAUGGCCCGCUCUCGAUAUUGCUGGACGAGGACAAUAUCUCCGAACCUAAAGUAUCGGGCCCCUAUCUUGAACGCUUAAAGCAGCUUUCGAACCUCGCUCGGAAGCUGGAAGGGACCCUGGAUCCAAUCAAUGAGCAGACAUCUUGCAUCCUCGCCAUUGAGACGCUCCGCUCCAUCCACGUUAGAUACGGAAACGACGAUAGCCCGUCAUCUCCACGGCGGGUGUGGGUUUGGCCAAUGACACUCACACAGGUGUUUAUUGAUCUCAUCAGCCAGGGACACCCCGUGGCUCUGAUUAUUUUGGGCCAUUUUACCGCCUUGGUCCGUCCAUACGAGUCCCCGGAAUGGGUCAAUCGCGGAUGGAGCGAAGUUGUCUUUCAGGCGGCAGAGAGUUCCUUAAGCGCGGAAUGGAAGAAAUGGAUCGAGUGGCCGAAAAAGUCAAUUGAAGAGAGAAUCAACGUUAAUGAUAUGCCGGUUCCUGAAAAUUUCGGAGAAAGUUAA